GUAGUUCAGGCGGCCUGACUUGAAACGUAAUAUAGACGUAUCCAAGUUCAAGAGAAGCAAAAAGAAAAAUAGCAACUAGUCAGUCGACAACAGUUAUCAAUUUGCACCGCUGUAUUACAUAUUACUCAACAUGACGAAUCGCGUGGCUGUGGUAACUGGAGGAAACAAAGGUAUUGGCUUUGCUAUCGUCAAGGCUCUUUGCGAAAAAUUCGACGGUAAUGUUUAUCUGACAGCUCGCGAUACGAAUCGCGGUUUGACUGCCGUCAGCGAGCUAGAAGAUCAAGGUUUGAAACCGAAAUUCCAUCAACUCGAUGUCAACGAUGACGCGAGCGUUACGAAAUUUCGCAACUAUCUGAAGGACACAUAUGACGGUCUUGAUGUGUUGGUUAACAACGCUGCAAUAGCGUUUAAGGUUGAUGCUACGGAAUCUUUCAAAGUCCAAGCUGAAGAGACAAUAAGAGUGAAUUACUUCAGCUUGCGUAGAGUAUGUACUGAACUCUUUCCAUUGCUCAGACCACAUGCCCGAGUGGUUCAUAUUUCCAGUAGCGCUGGGCGUCUGAGCAAUAUUACUGGUGAUAAAUUAAAGAAGAAGAUAGCUGAUCCAAACUUGACUGAAGAGGAAUUGGAUAACAUUAUGCGUGAAUUUGUCAACGCCGCCAAGGCUGGCACUCAUUUACAAGCUGGUUGGUCAAAUUCAGCAUAUGUCGCAAGCAAGAUCGGAGUGUCCGCUCUGGCCGGUAUUCAGCAGGCCAUAUUUAAUACGGAUCCACGGGAGGACAUCGCGGUAAAUGCGGUGCAUCCCGGUUAUGUAGACACCGAUAUGACCAGCCACAAAGGCCACUUGACAAUUGAGCAAGGUGCCGCUGCUCCUGUUUAUUGUGCCUUAUUACCAGAGAAUACAGAGAUAAAGGGAAAGUACAUCUGGUUCGACAAGACACUGUCGCAGUGGAAGUAACAAACGCAAUGAGCAAAAGCAGUAGAAAAACAUUAGUCUACUAAUCAUUCCUAUAUAGAGUUUAACAUGAACAAACAGAUGAACAAUUUCUGUAAUAUUUCUAUAUUAGACUAUAUAUACUAAACAUCACAUUUCUUAUUAUAUAUUUUAUUGUCAAGAAAAACAUUUUUGAGAAAACAUUUGACACAUAUGUAAUAUUGGUUAGAAACUUUUUAUCUGUUAUACACACAGUUAAAUAAAGUUCUAUAUUAAAGAA